GGGGUAGCCCUGAGGGGGAACGGGAACCGCAGAGAUGGCGAGGGCGGCGGCGGGCGGGCCCGCGAGGAGGAGGCGGGCGGAAGAGGCGGCGGGCGAUGGCCGGGGCGCUGCUGCGCGGCGGGGUGCGCCGCUUCCCCUGGCUCUGCAACGUGCUGCUCUACGGCGGGCUCUUCGCGGCGGGCGACGCGGCCCAGCAGCUGUGGCGGCGGCGGCGGCGGGGGCAGCCGCCCGACUGGGCGCAGACGCGGCGCGUAGCGCUGGUGGCCCUCGCCUUCCACGGCAACUUCAGCUACGUCUGGCUGCGGGCGCUGGAGCGGGCGCUGCCCGGCCGCCGCCCGCCUGCCGUCCUCGGCAAGGUGCUCUGCGACCAGCUGCUCGGCGCCCCCGUCGCCGUCCUCGCCUUCUACACGGGUAUGAGCAUCCUUCAGAGGAAAGAAGACAUCUUUUCAGACUGUAAAAAGAAAUUUUGGAACACAUAUAAGACGGGACUGAUGUACUGGCCUUUUGUGCAGCUGUCAAACUUCAUUUUGGUCCCUGUUUACCUGCGAACAGCUUACACUGGGCUCUGUGGCUUUGUCUGGGCUACCUUCAUUUGCUUUUCCCAACAGAGUGGAGAUGGCACAGCAAAGUCAGCAUUUAUAUGGCUCCAAAGAGAGAAGGUCAAUGCAGAUGAAGAAUCAUCAGAGAAAUAAGAACUUUAGUUCUGAACACAUUCUAAAUUGUUAAAUUGAGUUUAUGAAAGUCAGUAAACCACACUGCAGCCUCAUUGCUGUGUUUAAAAUAAACAGUCAUCUCAACAUUUGUUGGUUAGUAUAAGCAGUGGAACAGUUUGUCUUUGUGCCUGUUUAUUUUUCGUAAAAGAGGCCAAUUGUAUAUUGGCAUUUAAUUAUUUUCAUGCUGCCAGCCCAUCUCUUCAGGGAACAACUGACUUACAGGGCAACGUAAGCAUUUGCUCGUCAUGUCAGACUGCCUCACUGGGGAGAAAUAUUAGCUGUAAUUUAAUUUUCAAGCAACUUGUAAUUGCUAGAAAAAGGGGAAUAGAACGUUAAAUCAUCAGUUGUUGGACUUGACAGUUGUUAUCAGUGCAAGAUUGCUUUUGCAGAACAAAAUUUAAUGGUUUUCUUAUCUAAAAAGUGGCAUUGAAUCUGUUUUAUCCAGAGAAAACAAAAGUGCUGUGUUUUGUAGGGACCACUUUUCUAUAGGGGGAAACUUGCUUUAUUCUACAUUAAAAUCUAUAUAACAAAUGAAUUAUUUCAUAGAACGUACAAACCUGAAAUAUAUUUGUAGAUCUUUUGUCUUAACUUGGAGAAUAAAGAUAAGUAACUUUGGUCAGAGUUCUUUGGGGUGGAUGCUGCGUAUUGACACCUGGGGGAAGCAUCAGUCAUAAGCAGCUCCUGCACGAUGGAACCUAACUAAACACUGCAGUGAGCUUUUGUUCUAUCUGUCAACGACUUCUUCCUUUGCCCCUCAAGGGUCCAAGUAUUGAAGAGUACAUGGGAGUCUUGACACCUGGACUCUUUUCUACUGUUUCAUUAUGUUGAAGAUAUAAUUAUGAUUUUGAAGAUAAAGAGCAUGGGAAGGAAGGUAAUGUAAAUAAUGCCAGAAUCCAUCUCAAAACAAUCCAGCUAUAUAUAAGGAACAUCCAUUUCUUCUUCAAAUGGCUUUUAAACAUUCCUAUUCAUAAAAGACACUGGGUAACUACACAUAGGAGGCUAGGAGAAGGUGAAAAUUAAUUAUAGACCUGCUUUAUCAACUGAGGAUCAGGUCUGGAUGCAGGUGUGCUCAUUGGUAUUUUUUAAAGGUGCAUAUGUAUCUCAGAACAGGAACUGUGCAAAUUUCUGUGAUUGCAGUAAGUUGAAAUCAGACCAGUGAAGGAGCCCUUGGUUUCUUAGAAUGGCAUUUUAUGCCUUGAAGUUACUAAAUUGCAAGCUUGAAACAAUAUCUGAUGUAACCCAUCUUGAUGAUGAUUGUAAAGAGAAGACUCAACCCUCUGUUACAAUAAUAAUAAACCACUUUGAGGAAUGUCUAAAUUCCUCAGUCUUGUCUAAAUAGUAAACCAAAGCCUGUUUAGGCUAUAAGCAUACAUUCCUUUGGCCAGCAGUUGUACUACUUAAUAUAUUGUUUACAGUUAUUUGCCACUGUAGGAGCCCAAUGCUGCUUAUCUCAGACAGGGAAAGGGAUCAUGCAAGCACUGCCCACAGGUAAAAUCAACUUGUUUAGCAUAUCCCAGUGGUCAAGAGUGAUGCAAGGUACCUGUAUGGCUUUGACUACAGCAGGUGGGAGGAGGGUAGAUGGUGGGGAGGUGCUUCUACAGUCUGUUUUGCUGGCAGACAGGUGGAGGAGGUAGCUUCCCUUUCAGGAUAGACAAGUCGCUGCAAUUCCAUCUUCAGCUGCACAGACAGACCUAGAAGACGACACCUCCCUAUGAUCUUAAGGUGGAAUUAAUUUUAAUUUACUUUUGAUGUCUGCGGUAUGGACAUCUGCAACUUGUCUAAUCAGUUUAAGCUCUGUUUACAGUUAGUGCAGGAAAACAGGCAGUUUUAGACAUCUGUUUUAGGGUAUGGUGAAUUGUGCACUGUGUCUAUUUCUAUCUAUAACAGAGAGUCUCAGAUGACUGGCUGCUAUGUAGAUAGCUUCAUUGUAGAUGCUCAUAUUUGGUGAGUUGAAUUCCCCUGCUUGGUGUCUAUCUUACACAUCCCUAUGGGAGCAAUUUAGUGGGUGUUGCUGCGUGAAUCCCACAGUGUGAAUUGGGCAGUCCUGAUGCUGGACAUCCCAGUAGGAGUAGAAAUCCACAGAGGAACUAACUGCAUUUUAUCUGUCUAUUUAAAAAAUGAAAGAUGACUGAAUAGAUGUUUCAGACAGCAAUAGCUGUUAAAUUGUUAUUCUGUGUAUAAUGUCCUCAGGAUAAAGAAGCAAUUUCAGUAGUGUUUUUUCUGUUGAUAUUUUUAGGAUCAGAAUAGCGUUUUGAAGUCUGUUCUAUUCAGUGAGCCUUAAAAGUUUCAGAUAAGGUGUGCUAAUUAAGUAUUUGAAUUUUUUUUACAGAUGCUAUUUAUUUUUAUUUCUGCUUGUGCCUUAAGUGUUUAAUGAUUAAUAGAAUUCUCUUGGAGAAGGGAACUGGAAAAUAAUGACAUUACAAGGAGAGUGAAAUAGUGUUGGUUUGCUGUAAAUAGUAUGUGAUGUUCUGCUGCAACUCUGUGCAAAAAAUAUUUCUGCAUGGGUAUAGUUGGUAAAACUUAAUCCCCAGGUGAAUCAAGAAUUUAAAACUAUUCUCAUGAUCUGUAUCAUGCUGAUGCUUUUCUUCACUAGGAGUAUUUAAUGAAUGGAAGAUCCAUCUUUUAUUUUAAAUGGCUUAAAAGCCUACACAAGCUGUGCUUUAUUGCUGUAUGCUUUGUGCUGCUAGCUUUUUACUUGGGAAUUUGAGCUAAAUCCUGCUUUGUCUUCAAGUUUCUCUGACUGUGGGCUUCAGGGUUUCUCUCCGUAUUUCUAUUACUGGAAGUACAAUUCUUUCAUGUAAUGGAAGCCUGUAGCUGUUAUAUUUCAGUAAACUUUAGAUUCUGCAUAAUCCUUUCACUUCCUCUGUUUCUCAUGUUAAUGUUCUUGACAGUUAAGUAGCCCAAGUCCCUUUCCACAUAAAAAAAUCAUGUUUGGUUUUUUUUUUUUGUCUAAUUAUGAGCACUGAUUGGUCAUUGAACAUUUCAGACCCACAUAAUACAAAACAAUGAAGCUGUGUUGGGACAAAUUCUCAGUGUGCAUAAAUUAAUGCACCAUCUAAAGAUUUUCUGCCUCUGUCAAUUUAGUCUGAGGACCUAACACCUUAGUUGUUAAAGACUUUAUUAUUUCUUGACAAUUUUUUGGCUUAGAAGAUUAAUUUCACAGAAUAACAGAAUGGUUGAGGUUGGAAAGGACCUCUGGAUGUCCAGCCCAGGUCAUCCAACCCUGUUUGACACAUAUAAACUUUUGUUUGCUUCUUCUACUAAUUCAGUAAUUUCUUAAAAAAAAAAAAAAAAAGAAAAAAAGAUAGGCAAGACUUGUCCUAAUGUCUCUCCACCCUUUCAAAAACAUUCGUAAGGGCUUUAUGACUAUUUCAAGGAAUUGCACUGAUCUUGUAUUGCCAGCUGAACAUGCAGAUUGCCAUAACCAGAAAGAUGAACAGAAUUACACAUCAUGUAGGUGCUCAGGAAGGAGGGAACACGCUGUCAAUAACUAGGAAUGCAUUCAGGUGACAUUUUCAUGUCAUGGGUUCUCUGUAAGAGUAAAUGGGAUGAGAAGACAUUUAUAUCAGGUGCAGUUCCAGCUUAUUAUUCUGGAUAGCUGUGGAGAUGUAGAGUCUAAAUUUGAUAAAAUGAGAAUUUCAAAAUGUAUUUUUCUACUGCAAAUGUUUUAUGCAAAUGAACCUCCUGUGCUUACUAGUAUGCAAAAUACAUCCUUCUAGGCUUGGAAAAUUUACCAGAAGGCCUCUGUCUUUUUCACACCAGAAACAACCAUCCAGUAACACAGCAUAAAAUAACCAGUUUCAUACUGCAGUGAAGGUGAAACUGCCUGUAGUUUGUUACCAUGUCUGAUACCUUAAGUUCUCUGUAUAGCACAACCUUUGAAAUCUAUGCAGCCUCAGCCUUCGGAUUCUCUGCUGUAAGUGCCAAUGCUUUCUGCUCGUGCUGCUGCCUCUACUGCUAGUGCCAAUCCAGUGAGAUGUGCAAGAAAUACUUGAAUUUUACUAAAAUAAUUAAUUUCAGGUUGACUGAAAAAUGUCUGUGUUUUGCAAAGGCUUAAUAAACAUUAAAUGAUGUUCUUUG